CGGCGGCGGCAUCGGCAGCAUCGGCGGCGGCACCGCCGGCGAGGCCCCUCCGCCGCACACGCACACCCCGACCCCGGCAGCGGGAAUGCGGCUGACACGCCCGUAACAUGGAAGCCGCCGCCGCCGCCGCCGCCGCUACGACGACAGCAGCAGCAGCUACAGCAGCCGCCGGCGGCGCCGCGCUGAACAAAGGUCAUCCGAGCUGCGGCCCAGACGCCCGGGCUUGACCGCUGCGAAGGCCAACCCCGGGCAGGGGGGUAUGUUCUGUUUUGUGCUUUUCCUUUUAGAAGCUACUAAAGGGUUUUGGGGAUACUUCUGACUAUUAUGAAGGCCAAAAGGCCUGUUGACUGGGGCUGCUUUUAACCCUUUCAUAUUUGCAGAGAAUGCAACCGUGUGACAGUAACUGAACAUUGGUCCAAAGUCUUUCCAAAAGGUCAAGGUUCACAAGACUGUCUUCUUACACAUGGGCAGCUAACCUGGUGGAGGCUGUUUAGAAAGUGAAGUUCUUCUGGCCUCAGCAGGCGGUGUGCAGGGAGCGGGGGGAGCGCCCGCCAUUGCUGGAAGAACAUCUGAUCAAAUUCAUGACCAUGGGGGAUAUGAAGACCCCAGACUUUGAUGACCUCCUGGCAGCAUUUGACAUCCCAGAUAUGGUCGAUCCCAAAGCAGCUAUUGAGUCUGGACACGACGACCAGGAAAGCCACAUCAAGCAGAACGCCCACGUGGAUGACGACUCCCACACGCCGUCCUCCUCCGACGUCGGCGUCAGUGUUAUCGUGAAGAACGUUCGCAACAUCGACUCCUCCGAGGGCGCGGAGAAGGACGGCCACAAUCCCACCGGCAACGGCCUGCACAACGGGUUUCUCUCGGCGUCCUCUCUUGACACUUACGGUAAAGAUGGAUCGAAGUCCUUGAAAGGAGACGUGCCUACCUCAGAGGUGACUUUAAAAGACUCCGCUUUCAGCCAAUUCAGCCCCAUCUCCAGUGCUGAAGAGUUUGACGACGAUGAGAAGAUAGAGGUGGACGACCCCCCGGACAAAGAGGACAUGCGCUCCGGUUUCAGAUCGAACGUGUUGACAGGGUCGGUUCCCCAGCAGGACUAUGAGAAACUGAAGGCGCUCGGGGGAGAAGGCUUAAGCAAGACUGGCAUCUCGACGUCAGGCAACCUAGAUAAAAACAAAGUUGUUAAGAGAGAAACGGAAGCAAAUUCUAUAAAUCUGAGUGUUUAUGAACCUUUCAAAGUCAGAAAAAUGGAGGAUAAACUGAAGGAAAACUCUGAAAAGGUGCUUGAAAACAGGGUCCACGAGGGGAAGCUGACCUCGGAGAAGAGUGACGCCUCCCUCGGCGGUGUGGUGCCCUCGAGGACCAAGCCAUCCUCCAAGCUUUCUUCCUGCAUCGCUGCAAUCGCGGCUCUUAGUGCUAAAAAGGCCGCUUCCGACUCCUCUAAAGAACCAGUGACCAACUCCCGGGAGUCCUCUCCGUUACCAAAAGAAGUAAACGAUAGCCCUAGAGCCAUUGAAAAGUCUCCGGAAUCCCAGAGUCUCAUCGAUGGGACAAAAAAAGCAUCCCUCAAGCAGCCGGAUAGUCCCAGGAGCAUUUCCAGUGAGAACAGUAGCAAGGGAUCGCCAUCCUCUCCUGCAGGGUCAACACCAGCAAUUCCAAAAGUCCGCAUAAAAACCAUUAAGACGUCUUCUGGGGAAAUCAAGAGAACAGUGACGAGGGUGUUGCCUGAAGUCGAUCUCGAUGCCGGAAAAAAGCCUUCUGAGCAGACGGGGCCCAUGGUGGCGUCCGUGACGUCGCUGCUGUCGUCUCCGGCCUCGGCCGCCGUCCUUUCCUCCCCGCCCAGGGCGCCUCUGCAGUCGGCGGUCGUUACCAACGCGGUGGCCCCCGCCGAGCUGACCCCCAAACAGGUCACCAUCAAGCCUGUGGCGACUGCCUUCCUCCCGGUGUCGGCCGUGAAGACGGCCGGGUCUCAAGUCAUUAAUUUGAAGCUCGCCAACAACACGACGGUCAAAGCCACGGUCAUAUCUGCUGCUUCCGUGCAGAGCGCCAGCAGUGCCAUCAUUAAAGCCGCCAACGCCAUCCAGCAGCAAACCGUCGUGGUGCCGGCCUCCAGCUUGGCCAACGCCAAACUCGUGCCAAAGACUGUGCACCUUGCCAACCUUAACCUUCUGCCUCAGGGCGCCCAGGCCACCUCCGAGCUCCGCCAGGUGCUCACCAAACCUCAGCAGCAAAUAAAGCAGGCAAUAAUCAAUGCCGCGGCCUCACAGCCACCCAAGAAGGUGUCGCGGGUCCAGGUGGUGUCCUCCCUGCAGAGUUCUGUGGUGGAAGCUUUCAACAAGGUGCUGAGCAGCGUCAACCCAGUCCCAGUUUACAUCCCCAACCUCAGUCCUCCUGCGAACGCGGGCAUCACGUUACCGACCCGCGGCUACAAGUGCUUGGAGUGUGGGGACUCUUUCGCCCUCGAGAAGAGCCUGACCCAGCACUACGACAGGCGCAGCGUGCGCAUCGAAGUAACGUGCAACCACUGCACCAAGAACCUCGUUUUUUACAACAAGUGCAGUCUCCUGUCCCAUGCCCGCGGGCACAAGGAGAAGGGAGUGGUGAUGCAGUGUUCACACUUGAUCUUGAAGCCAGUCCCAGCAGAUCAGAUGAUUGUUUCUCCAUCAAGCAAUACUCCUGCUUCAUCUUCCGCCCUCCCGAGCUCCUCGGGAGCCGGCACACACACUGUAACAAAAAUUCAGUCUGGCAUAACCGGGACAGUCAUAUCAGCCCCUUCCAGCACACCCAUCAUUCCAGCUAUGCCUCUGGAUGAAGACCCAUCCAAGCUCUGUAGGCAUAGUCUGAAAUGUUUGGAGUGUAAUGAAGUUUUCCAGGAUGAGACGUCGCUGGCCACUCAUUUCCAGCAGGCUGCAGAUACAAGUGGACAAAAGACUUGCACUGUCUGCCAGAUGCUGCUUCCUAACCAGUGCAGUUACGCAUCUCAUCAGAGAAUCCACCAGCACAAAUCUCCCUACACCUGCCCCGAGUGCGGGGCCAUCUGCAGGUCGGUGCACUUCCAGACCCACGUCACCAAGAACUGUCUGCACUACACGCGGAGAGUUGGUUUUCGGUGUGUGCAUUGCAACGUUGUGUACUCAGACGUGGCCGCACUGAAGUCUCACAUUCAAGGUUCUCACUGUGAAGUCUUCUACAAGUGCCCUAUUUGUCCGAUGGCGUUCAAGUCUGCCCCAAGUACACAUUCCCAUGCCUACACGCAGCAUCCCGGCAUCAAGAUAGGAGAGCCAAAAAUAAUAUAUAAGUGUUCCAUGUGUGACACUGUAUUUACCCUGCAAACCCUGCUGUAUCGCCACUUUGACCAACACAUCGAAAACCAGAAGGUGUCUGUUUUCAAGUGUCCAGACUGUUCUCUCUUAUAUGCACAGAAGCAACUCAUGAUGGACCACAUCAAGUCUAUGCAUGGAACAUUGAAAAGUAUUGAAGGGCCUCCAAACUUGGGUAUAAACUUGCCUUUGAGCAUUAAGCCUACAACUCAAAAUUCAGCAAAUCAAAACAAAGAGGACACCAGAUCCGUGAACGGGAAAGAGAAAUUGGAAAAGAAAUCCCCAUCACCCGUGAAAAAAUCUUUGGAACCCAAGAAAGUGGCCAGUCCUGGGUGGACGUGUUGGGAGUGUGACCGGUUAUUCACGCAAAGAGAUGUUUACAUUUCCCACGUGAGGAAGGAGCAUGGGAAGCAAAUGAAGAAGCACCCCUGCCGCCAGUGUGACAAGUCUUUCAGCUCAUCCCACAGCCUGUGCCGUCACAACCGGAUCAAGCACAAAGGCAUCAGGAAAGUUUAUACCUGCUCGUAAGUCGUGAUUUCUAAUGUGGGAAGCACAGUGAAAGGAUAAGCCUGGAACUUCUUGAAGGUUUUUCCCAUUUCACCAUUAACUUUCCAUUUUCCCAUUCUCUGCUCCAUGGUGUAUGGAUUUCCUUUUGGAAUUGUAUUUUGUUUUGACAGACCAUUCUUGCUUGGUUUGUAACACUUAACAAUAUUAAAA